CCAAGCCUGCAGUGAGUUGCCUGCUAAUACUUGGUCAUAAUCAAGUGAAGAGAAAUCAGCUGAAGGUUCUACUUUAUUACACAUACACAACUCCUGACUGAUUUUGAACAAAAUGGAGAUGAUGCAAGAGAUCAUUCCAUUUGCAAGAGAGAUGCUAAGUGCUCAGCCAUCAAAGGGCACUGUGAAGAUAUAUCUGGUUGGAGGAGUCUUUGCAGCCCUGGGUAUCAUGAGCGGUGUGGUGGAGGCUGCCUGUUCACUCUUUCCUGAGCAGGAAGAAAGCACCCUAAGUAAACUGAUGGAGGAGACCAUAACAGUGAUGGCUCCGACUCAAGAGCCACAGACGAUCAUCUCAGAAGAAGAAGAACAGGACAGUGAGAUGGAAGCCAAGGCUAAGAAACUGCCCACGCACAUGCAGCGGCGUAUGAGUUUCAGAGCCCAUGCCUCUUAAAAUACAUACUCACUAACACACUGUGUGUUCUGCCUUUGCACUGAUAGGUAUGUCUGAUAGAGAGGAAAUGUAAAGUGCCUGCUGGGACUGAAUGAAUGCUGUUGUACAGCGAAUGUUCUCAAAUGUUACUUGUAAGUUUGUGAAGAUGAUGUAACGAUGUACUGAUUUUCUACUGGUUGUACGUUAUUUAUAAAGGAUGCAACAAGUCUUUAUUGAGUCAGCUUUCUCUUACUGCAGCUCAAUAAAUUCUCAUUUGUGCAAAA